UCUUCUACUUCUACUAUUCAUUAUUGGUUAACCAGAUAACAAUUAGAGUUUAAUACAUGAACUGUAUUAGCUAGCUGUCUCAUCUGGGGGGUGGUAUAUAUAGGGAAGGAUGCCCGUUCUUCUUUUGACAGUAAUUCUGUCUUAAAAAUCUCCAGUAAUGGAAACCUUUGAGAAAAGUUCUCUUACAAUAGUUACCCUCCUCAUAAUCUUGGCUAACAGUAUAUUCUGCCCUCUACUGGUAGAAUCCUGUAAUGCCAUAGAUGCAGAGGCGUUGCUUCAUUUUAAGCGUGGGAUUACAUCUGACCCACAGCCACAGUCAAAACUAAAAACUUGGGUCCGUAGGACCAACUGUUGUGCAGAGUGGCAAGGUGUGAGUUGUGAUCCUGCAAAUGGAAGAGUAGAUGGAAUCUCCAUAACUGGCUUUCGAGAUGAAGGUGGUGUUGAUCCCCUCUUCGGCUUGGUAGGUACACUCUCCCCUUUCCUUGGCAAUCUUACCUAUCUUCAAUACCUAUACUUUACAGACCUCGGUGGGUUGAUGGGUCCAAUCCCUCCUGAACUAGGAAAGUUGUCCCAUUUAACCAGUCUUAGUUUAACCAACAAUCUACUAAAUGGUUCAAUACCUUCUUCACUUGGUAACCUCCGUAAGCUAAAAUAUCUUUACCUCGGCCAUAAUAGUCUCUCUGGUACCUUACCCUACUCUCUUUUCAAGUCCUUGAAGUCGCUCUUGACUCUGGAACUAGAGGGAAAUCAAUUUACUGGUUCAAUACCAUCUUUGAUUUCAAAUCUACUUUCACUUGAAAAGAUUUAUCUUAAACAAAACAACCUCUCUGGUGUGAUCCCACUUGGUAUCAGCAAACUUAAGCAACUCAACUAUAUAGAUUUCUCAUAUAAUCGUCUCACUGGAAACAUUUCAGAUUCCAUAGGUACACUCUCCAAAUUACAAUCAUUGUUCCUCAACCAUAACAAACUCUCAGGAUUUAUACCAAAUUCUGUAGGUAAACUUUCUCAGUUGCAGGAUUUAUUUCUUGACCAUAACAAAAUUACUGGAAUCAUACCAAAAUCUGUAGGUAAACUCUCCAAGUUGCAGACUUUAUACCUCGACCAUAAUAGACUCACUGGACAUAUUCCUUCAUCCAUAGGCGGCCUUAUUUCAUUACAGAUUUUAAAUUUAGGUGACAAUAAAUUGACGGGUGUGUUACCUUCUUCCAUUGGCAAUCUCUCCCAAAUACAAAUGAUUGUCUUAGAAAACAAUAUGAUUUCAGGAAAGUUGCCACCAACUAUGGGGCAUCUGACUACAUUGUUUAGUGUCCUGUUUUCAAACAACAAAUUUGUCGGCCAAAUCCCUUCGAGUUUUGCCAAUCUCAAACUCUAUACUUUGCAGUUGUCUAACAAUCAACUCAUUGGCCCUCUUCCCCCUCAAUUUGCUAAUGCAAGCAUAUACAUUCUCGAUUUAUCAUAUAAUCCACUCGGAUUGAAGCAAAUACCAGAUUGGUUGUUCAAGUUAAACAUCCAUAAUCUUACGUUAGCUGGGACAGGGAUCAAAGGGAAGUUGCCACAAUCAAUUUCUUCCCCCCCAUAUAUAACUCACCUUGAUUUAUCGAACAAUCAAAUCAUUGGGAAGUUGCCUUCAUGGAUAGGAAAUAUGAGUAUUCUAGAGUCACUUAACUUAUCUAAUAAUAGAUUUUACUCUGCAAUUCCGGUUGAAUUUUCAAAUCUUCAUCAACUCUCAGUCCUCGUUCUUCACUCAAACAACUUCACAGGCUCCUUGGAUAUAGUUUUCAAUAAAGUGGGAUGGGAGUACACCUCCAUCGACGUGUCUAGCAAUAGGUUCUCAGGUCCUCUUGACAUAAACAUAGGUGACAAACCGGCAAUGAGGUCCAUCACUUCCUUAAUCUUGUCUAAGAACCCACUAGGAGGAACCAUACCAUUGUCGAUUGGCAAAUUAUACGGGCUGCAAGUUCUGCAGAUGGUGAGUAACCGACUAUCAGGGAGAAUUCCUAAACAACUUGGGAAAUCCGAGGGGUUAACAUCACUUUUGCUAUCGAGGAAUAAACUGACUGGAAGUAUUCCGAAGGAGGUGUUGAAUUUGGAGAAGCUGCAAGUGUUUGAUGUGUCAAGGAAUCAAUUGAGCGGAGAGAUACCUCCUCAUAACUCAAGCAUUCCUGCUUCAGCAUUUUCGCGAAAUCUUGGCCUGUGUGGUGCUCCAUUACCUCCUUGUAAACGUAUGUAAUUGUAGUACUAUUUACAAACUACUGUUGUAGUAACUAUGGAAAUCAAAAUACACUCAACAAAUAAUUAUAUCAAUCUUGGGUGAUAUGUCCUAAUUUAGUCUCUCCUUUACAUAACCUUCCAUAUCCAAAUGCUUAGCAUUUUUGCUAACCUGCUGAUUGGCUGUUAUAUGGCAUGUACUGAUACUCAGAUAAUCUAUUCUGAGUACAUUUGAUUAUUUUGGAUGAUUUUUGGAUGCAUGUCUUAAAUUAUUUCUUCAUUUGUGUUAAGAUUAACUAUU